AUGAUUAAUUAUUCGAAUUAUAAGAUAGGCGAACCACUCGUUUCUACCGGCGACAUCCUCGUGAGAGAAGUAACUUAUAAGCCAAAAAAUGAGAAAAGAAUUCUCAAAAUAUACAAUACUCGUCAAUUCCAACUCAAACAAUUUGAUCGCUUUGCAAUAAUGCUUGACAUCUUCCAUAAUUGCAAACACCCAUUCAUGGAGAACAUUAUUGACUUCAGUUCAAAGGAUGAAAAAGGAGAACAAGAUAUUGCAAUUGUCAUUCCAUACAAACAAAUGAAAAAUUUAUAUGAAGAAAUACAUAUCAACAAGAAUGACAUCCCAACAGAUAUGAAAGCUUUAAUUAUAUACUCAAUUUCAUGUUUUCUCAGUUCAUUACACAAAGCUGGUGGCUCUCUUCCACUUCUCGACUCCCACGGCAUCUUCUUUGAUGACAAUCAUGUUUUAGUCACUUCUUCUUCUCUUGAUCCAACAGAUGAUGUUUUUGGAAUUUAUCCAUGGUGUUCAAUCGAGAAAAUGGAGAAGCUUUCAAGCCAAUCAUCCGAUAUAUUCGCAUUAGGAGCAAUUGCAUACGAAAUGGAAUACAAGCGCUAUCCACUUCACGAUAGCCGUGAUAAAAAUGAGUAUAUGCGCUUAAUUAAAGCAGGAGAACGUCCAGAACUCGAUGACACACCAGUGAAUCGCUUAAUUUUCCAGUCAAUGUCCGAUCAACCCAAGUCUGCAGAUGAAAUUUGCAAAUCCUUACUAAAUGGCGAGAUUUACCCCAAGGAAUCCCUUAAUUUGGCCAUGGCAGCAUCUCAAUCACUCAAUGAUAGUUCCAUUUCCAUGGAUAUUAACUUCGACAAGCACUUUGAGAAACAAUUGAAAAAUGAAGAUCCAUUAUUCACCUAUUUAUUCGCAUCUCUCUACAUAAAUGAUGAAAACAAAGAUGCCAAAGCCAUGAAAGCUCUCGAAUCCAGUGCAAUUCGCUCUUUUCCAGCUGCUCAAUAUCUUUUAUCAUCAUUCCUCGAAAACGAAGAUCCGAAACGAUCCAGGGAACUCCUUGCCAAAUCCGCCCAUAACGGAUAUGUCUCUGCUCUCUCCAAACUCGGCGUUGUCGCUCUCCAAAACAAAAAUGUCGACGAAGCAAGACAAUUAUUCAAAGCUUCAGCAGACAUGAAUGAUGUUCUUGGAAUGGCGAAUUACGGACAAAUGACAUUGAUUGGAGCCGGCUGCAAACCAGAUGAAGAAGAAGCCAUGAAGUACUUGCUAAAAGCUGUUUCUCUUGGUGAUUCUACAUCUCAGUUCAUUGUUGGCUCUAGAUUCAUGGAACAAGGCAAAAACGAUGAAGGAAUGAAGUUAUUAUUACUUUCUGGAGCACAAGGAAACAUGAGAGCUCAAACAGCUGUUGCCUUUGAUCUCGCUGAUCCUUCGAGUCCUCAUUAUAAUACUAGAGCAGCUCUUGAAUGCCUCAGAGAUCUGAUCAAAGCAGGAUCUCCUUCAGCACUUGUAAGAGCAGCACAAAUAUUAAUGACAGGAGAAGGAGGUGUCGAAAAAGAUGAAAAAGAAGCUGUUGAAUUAUACAAGAAAGGAGCGGAAAAAGGAGUUCCUAACGCUUGUAUUGAAUACGCAAAUUGUUUAAUCAAUGGUAUUGCUGUAGAAAAAGAUAGAAACAAAGGUUUGUCAAUACUUAAACUAUGGGCUGAACAUAAAUAUCAUCCACAAGCUAUGUAUCUUUAUGGUGUUUCAAUUCUUAAAGAAAACAAAGAUGAUAAAGAUGCUUUGGAAUUUGUUAAAAAAGCAGCUCAUUUCCAAUAUACUCCUGCAAUUAUGUAUUUGGCAUCAAUUGCUGAGACAAAAGAGGAAAGACUUGAGUACUUAAAGAAUGCAGCAAAUAAUCAUGAUGCUGAUGGAAUGAGAAUUUACGCUUUGGAAAUUAAAGAAAAAGAAAGAGAAAAAGCAAUUUCAUUGUUGAAAGAAAGCAAAAAAUUGGGUGAUAAAUUGGCAGCUGUUUCAUUGGCAACUCUUCUUAUUGAGUCUGAUAAACAAGAAGAAGUCAACGAAGGAACAGAAAUGCUCAAGGAAUUGGCCGCAAAUGAUGUAAAAGAAGCAAUUUUCGCUAUGGGAAUGAUGAUGAUGGAAGGAAAUAAACUUGAAAAGAAUUUGACUGAUGGAGCUAAAUUAGUCAUUGAAAGCGCUAGAUUGGGAUUAAAACAGGGAAUUGUUGAGGCAGUAAAGAUACUAAGAGAAGGAUUAGGAGUUGAUAAAGAUGAAGGACUUGCAAAUGAACUUGAAAAGAAAUUAUAG